AUGUCGAAAAAUUUGGUAACACCAAAGCAAGAACCUAUGGGUCCUGAUGCGGUUCGUAAUAUGAUGUUAGCUGCUCAAAAACAAAUCAAAGAUCGACAACAAGAACUAAAUUUCACUGUACCAACGGCUUCUCCUCAACAACGUUUAGCUGAACUUAAAGGACGCAUUGCAAGUCAAUUAGGACAACUUCUUCCAGUGCCAGCAGAAGAUCGAGAUCGACCUGUACAUGUAACUAUUGAUAAAGAAGGUCGUACAAUUGAUUCUCUUACAGGUGAAGUUCUACAAAUACCAAGUCGUACGCCAACAUUAAAAGCUAAUCUUCGAGUACAAAAAAAAGAUGUUAUUAAACAAGAACUUCCUAAAACUAAACAAAAUAAAGAAGUUGUUAUUGAACAUCCUGGUCUUGAUGCAUCAGCACUACAUUUUGACGCUCGUAUUGGGACUCAUCCAGCUGUACGUAAUCGUCGUCAAUUAGUAUUUAAUAAAAAAGGUAAAUAUGAAGAAAUUGCAAAUCGUCAACGUGCAAAAGCUAAAUUGGAAAAAUUACAACAAGAAAUAUCUCAAAUAGCAAAAAAAACUGGUAUUGCAGUAGAAAAUAAAGUUACAAUAAUUCAACCAAAAAAAUUUUUCUCCGAACUUGAUGUUCCUGAUGUUGAAUGGUGGGAUUAUGUUAUACUUCAACAGAAUAAUUAUUCAUCAAUUACUCCAGACGCAAGUAUUCCAUCUAUGUUGACUGGUAUUACACAACUUAUUGAACAUCCAAUACAACUUAAAGCACCAUCUGAACCAAAUAAGCCGGUUUUAUUACCAAUACAUUUAACUAGACAUGAACAACGUAAAUUAAGACGUCAAAAUCGAGCUGAAGUACUUAAAGAACAACAAGAAAAGAUUCGUCUUGGUUUAAUGCCACCACCGGAACCAAAAGUAAAAGUUUCCAGUAUGAUGCGUGUCUUAUGUUCUGAUGCUGUUCAAGAUCCAACAAAAGUCGAACAAUAUGUUCGAAAUCAAAUGGCACAACGUAUUAGAACUCAUGAAGAAACCAAUGCUGCAAGAAAAUUAUCUGCUGAACAACGACGUGAAAAAAAAACUAAACGAACAACAGAAGAUACAACAAAUGGUGUACAUGCUUCUGUUUAUCGUGUUCGACUUUUAGAUGAUCCAGCUAAACGAUUUAAAAUUGAAACCAAUUGUAAACAAUUACAUAUGACCGGUUGUGUUGUUCUUUGUAAAGAUAUAAACAUAAUUGUAGUUGAAGGAGGACCAAAACAACAAAAGAAAUUUCGUCGUUUAAUGCUUCAUCGAAUAAAAUGGAGUUCAUCAAGUAAAAGUCAUAUGGACGAUGAUGGAAGUGAAGAACAAAAUAAAGAAAAAAAUAAAUGUGUACUUCUUUGGCAGGGUACAGUAAAAGAACGUUCAUUUGGUGAAAUUAAAUUCAAAUCAUGUCCAACAGAAAAUUUUGCACGAGAACAUUUUCGUCGUCAUGGUGUUGAACAUUAUUGGGAUAUUGGACACAAUGAUUCAGUACUUGAUGCAUCUACUGAUUGA